AGCAAAGCGCGCAGAGUCUUUGUGUUGUCUCCUCUCGUGUUGUUUUCAGGGUUCACGGGCGUCUAUUCAGGAGCGCUGAUCUAAUAACCAAGUGGAUGUAGCUUCAGUGUCCUCCAUCAGUUUGUAGAUUUGUUUUUUUAUUCAGGUCAUCCUCGCUGCAUCGUGCUGACACUCGCCAACGAGCUCUGCUCCCAAUGUUUACUUCUCCGGCAUGUCUUCUCUGCGCUGCCAGAAGUAAUGCUUUGCUUUACUGAGGACCAUUUACCGAUAAGUAUGAUGAAAAGCCAUUAUGUUUGUCCGACAUAUAUUCAAAUUGCUGCACGGAUAAUGAAUUAGCUCACAACACUUUGAACAGCUGGUCCGCUUCCUCUGGGGCAGCGAGCUGUUGUCGACAACUGCAGGUCCUCUCCGGCUCCAUGAUGGCGAUGUUUCGGAGCUUUGUCUCGGCGAGCACCCAGCACCGCCAGCAGCAGCAGCAGCCCGGCAGCGGCUCCGGCUCGCUGGCUGCCCCGGCUGAGGGCGUUGAGAGCCAGUUCUCCUGCCCCAUCUGUCUGGAGGUCUACCAUAAACCCGUCAGCAUCGCCAGCUGUAGUCACACGUUUUGUGGGGAGUGUCUGCAGCCGUGUCUUCAGGUAACAUCGCCCCUGUGUCCUCUCUGUCGUGUACCCUUUGACCCCAAGAAAGUGGAGCGCUCCUCAAGUGUGGAGAAGCAGCUGUCCUCAUACAAAGCACCGUGCAGGGGCUGUAGCAAAAAGGUGGCUCUGGUAAAGAUGAGGUCCCACAUUGCUUCCUGUUCCAAAGUACAAGAACAGAUUGCCAACUGUCCGAAGUUUGUCCCUGUGGUACCCACCUCCCAACCUAUACCAAGCAAUAUUCCAAACCGGUCCACAUUUGUGUGCCCGUUCUGUGGGGCCAGAAACCUGGACCAGCAGGAACUUGUGAAGCACUGUAUGGACAACCACCGUAAUGACCCUAAUAAAGUGGUGUGUCCGGUGUGCUCGGCCAUGCCAUGGGGUGACCCCAGCUAUAAGAGCUCCAACUUUCUUCAGCAUCUUCUCCACAGACAUAAAUUCUCAUACGACACCUUUGUUGAUUACAGCAUUGACGAAGAGGCAGCACUGCAGGCAGCUCUGGCACUGUCACUGGCUGAAAACUGACAACCAUCACACCACUGUCAUGCUCAUCCCUCUGCAUUGCUGCUCUUCUUCCAUGGCUCAGAGGGCAUCAUCCAGUCAACAGACACACCUGACCCAGAGAGGUUCAAACUGUCUGUACGGGACCCUCAUCACGGAGGAGUCAGCCCAGCUUUGGUGAUAACCUCACUUUUUUAUUGGUGUUGCAGUGCAGACAGUUUGUUGCAGAAGUAGUUUGGAUACUUGCUCACUGCUUCAUUUGGAUUUCAUUUUUUUAAGACGAAGCAUACUGUGGGCUUAGAAGGGAUGCGGUGACUCUAUCAAAUGUUAAGUUGCUUAAACCCAUCACUCACUGAUGUUGUAAAACCCAACCUGCAGCUUGGAAACAGUCCAUUGACGUACAACUUCCGCUGACAUCUACAAUCUGGACCGCCACAGCAUGAAGGGCUACCUCCUUGGGAAAAAAAACAAAUCUUGUCUGUGAGUUUGAAACGUACCCAAGUAGUGGUUCAAGCCUGUGACCAUCAGUAACUUGCUUGCUUUGAAGUCCUGGCUGCUGGUUCUCACUGAGAAACUUGACUGAUGCUCAGGAGCACAGGCUCCAGUUUCUUCUGUUGAGUGGUCUGCAGCAACAGAACUGAAACAGGCAAUUUCACUUUUUUAAUGAAAAACAAACUUACAGUAGCAAGCCAGCAAGGUUUAAUUAUGGAACAUUUUGUAACGAUAAACAUAAAACAAAGUAUAAAACACAGUGAAUCAAUAGCCAACUACUCCAGAAUCACGCUUGUCAUCUUCUAAUGGUGAUGACGAAUAGCCUAGAUAAGGUUCCUUCCUAACAGACAGCAACAGAACACGUUCCACAGAGAGGAUUUUAGGAUUGUUAGGUGAUAACAUCAGGCCAAAUUCUCCUUCUGCCCCUUAACUGUUUAGUUUAACUGGAGUAACCUGGUGGAAACAGACAGAAAUAUGUUGUGCAAAUCUCAUUUAAGCUUGACAGUUGUGCCUGUAAUAACACAAGCAGAACAAUAUUGUAAGUAUUGUGUUGAGUAGCUACACCAGCAAAAAGAUACGUUUAAGAGGUACUGUAUGUGGAUUAUGUGUUUUAGGUACAAACAUGACAAUGACAGUAAGAAAACAGGAAUAUUUUAAAAUUAAAACUGUAAUAUAAUCGAAAGUAAGCUCUAAAGUAAAGUUAAAGUUUAGUCACUAAACCCUUCAGUGAAUGAAUUGGAAUGUAUUGUUGAAAAUUCCCGUGAGUUAUAGAUGUUAACAGCAGCUAAUGGCUGGUAGAGGGACAGCCUAUUUAAGUUAGUAUCUUUUUAGAGUUCCACCUUUUCAGUCAAGUUACUGCCUGCUUUGGACAUAAAGCUGUGCCACACCACUGUGAAAUUAAACCCUCUGUCUUCCCACUUACAUUCUCAGGCAUCCUUCCCCCUCCAAAUACCCGAUUGUAUUAUAAUAACAAUCAACAGUCUGAAAAACAAAUAUAUUACAAAGCAUAUAGUAAUAUUAAUAAUAAUAUUCUGCAUUGAUUUAGGACAGACCAAACUGAUACUGUCCACAUCCAUGUUAGGAGAUGGAACGUGUGUUUCAUCUUCUGGAGUUCAUGGCUGCUUUGGUUUAAAUGAACCAUCUGUGCACAUAGACCCUCAAUGUCGUAUGAACUGAACAACCUCCACUGUCCAUAUCCAUAUUUGUUUUGGACUAGAACUGGCCCUGCAGCCUGCUCUAGUCUCUUAUUACUACUAAACUCACUUACUGCAUUACCGGAAGACUCAGUCCCAAAAUGUUAACAUAAAAGGUUGAAAUCAGUGCAGAGCUGUGGAAUCUUUGCCUUGGCUCGGUGAUGGAGUGUAACUCGACGUGAUAUCUGAUGCCGACAGUUUUCAGAAGUGGCAGUAUUAAAAGUUACUCUAAAGAGAGCAGCUUGUCAGAAUAAUUUUUUUACAUUUAUCGAUGACACUUCAGUCUCUGUCAGUAAAGUGUAGGGGUUGACAUCAGGAGCUGAACAUCCAUAGUGGUUCUUUAGUCACAUCCUACAGCUGGAUUCAAUAGUAAAGAGAUCCCCCCCCAAAAGAAAAUCUGAUGGUUACCAUUUUUUAUUUGUGUCAAUAUUUUCACUUGUCAACAUUUUUUCUACUAAAGAGACCUGUAGAUAUCGUUUGGAAAAAAGUAUGAAAUAAUGGAAGUGUUAGAUGGAGGACUAACCUCCAUUUUACAGUUAUCUGGUUCUUCACCUCUUGCUACAAGGAAUAUUUUCGUGAUGCAUCUGCCAAGACAAGUAUGAAAAGAUAUAUUUUUGGAAACAGUUUCUGUUUAAAACCAUUGGAUGGAUGCAUGUCUGCAACCUUUUGGGGACGUUGAAGUUGACUUACAAACUUGAGUUGCUGUUAAUACACAGACACAUGUAUACAACUACAGUUUGACCAGUAGAUGGCAGUCCUUCUACGGAUAUGCAGAGCCAUACUAAAACCAGCACACACAUUCAUAUGGAGAACAUACUUGCAAUACAGGCCGAGUGUGGGGUGAAUAGGUGAGGUAACUUUAGGCAGUGUUUUCACAGAAAGAUGGAUUCAUUAUUUACACAUUACUUUAUUUUUAUAUAAUAGUUAGAGUUCUUUUUGAAUAAUGUUCUGCUUCAUGAGUUUACAGCUAAAUUUAGUUAUAGAAUGGCUGUUUUGGUUGUUUUUUUUGUUUUUUUUUUAAAAGGGUUAGACGUGUGGUAGCAAAUGUACCAUCACUUGUCUAUCUGACAAAAAAUGUAAUAUUUGUUGACUGAGCUUUAAUGGGCAGUAUGUACAUUUGUCUUCCGAUAAUGUCUUCAGUGGUUAAAAUAAUCAGAAUUAAUUUGGAAUGGCAUGUAUAUAUCAAAAUCUUCAAAAGACCGAUUUUAAAGUCGCAAUUCUGACUUUGAUGUCGAUGUAAAUGCUAUAUCUGGAACACAUCAGUGUGGUCACACCAGUUUGACAUUAAUAUGGCAGUUUUUGAAACUUCUGACACAAAUUUUUGCUGUCUUUUAUUUUGCCCCAAAUAGAUGAUAAUGGAGGGUUGCAGUUGUAAGCCAGGUUUUUGGGUGGAGAGGCUAUUUCUUCAUCGUACAUAUUUGAUAUAUAUGAGGAAUGACCCUCAGGGGCAGCUGACACAAAUACUCUUUAAGUCUGUGGUGGCCACACACUGAUUGGCAACUCGUCUGGAGUUGGAAAGAUAGUCUCUCUACCCAGAGAACCUAUAAAGUAUUUACAGUUAACACUAAGGCCAACUUCAAAUGGGCCACCCAGUUAGCUUGCCAAGAUUCCAGGCUUGCUUUGAAAGAAAAUGACUUCACUCCACUCCACUGGAGUCGUUUAUGGCAGCCAUGGUCCCAGAGGUAGUGUAUGUCGAAAGCUAUGACCUGCUCCAUUGAGCCUAGCACACAUUCAUCAAAUGAGCUGCUGAAUACAGUAGAACCUGAUAAAGAUGGAUGCAUUCAGUUCAACGGCUGCUACACAAAUCUUUAGAUGCACCUUGCCAUAAGCCCAAUUAGGUACCAAGACUCUGGAGUGUGCACACACCACUGCCAUGGCCAGAAAGCCAUCCUUUUUUAUCUGCCUUUUGGACCUCCUCCACAAUCUAAUGCCUGUCUAACUGACAGGUUGCCUCAGGCAGUUUGGUUUGUACCCGACCUGCUGGCCUGUGGGCCCAUGCCCUGACAAGACACAGUGUCUGACUGCUCACUUUGCUUGGCUUGCUUGACUGUCCUGAAGAGGGUGGUAAGGGUGCAGCUCAGUAGACUGACUGGUGUGGAACUCAGACAAGACUAAAAACUUACAGAACUAAAAAAAGACUAUAUAUAUAAUGCAGGGCUUGGGCUUCACCUCACAUCACCUCCCAGCAUUCCUCACGCUCUGAAAGGACAUAGAGUUCAACGACUCUUUUAACUGAUGCAGUAAUCAAUAAGAAUUCAUUUUAAGGAACUCGAAAGGCUCAUGCUGUAAAGCCAUCAGCACCACCUCCAAAUCCCAUGGAAUGACAGCUGGUCUGCUCUGGCAGGGAGUAACCCGGUGGGACCAACACAGGCUGCCACCAUUCUCCUCAAAGUCAAGAGUACUUUCCCUCCAAUAUUUUUGGACGGAACUGGAAUGAGUCAUGGGCUGUGGAGGGGAGGGGGCAAAGGAAAACUGGGCCCAACACAUUGCCCCCUGUCUAAUUGGGCAACUGCUCCCACAAACAGAAGGCUGAAUGCAGCCUAUGUGUCAACUGGACACACAAGCCCUGACGGCAUUCAGGAGUUAGGGAAAGGAUUCAUGUCCUGGAAUCUAACCAUAUGGAUAGAAACUCUAUAGAUUACAAGAACUGGAGGCUGUUCUUCUCCUACUAAGGUGCAGGUCUAGGUGUUCCAAGUUGUGAAGCGAUCAGGCUACAUCUUGGUGGCACUGCUACUCCAAGCAAGCAUAAACCAGCCAGUCAUCCACCAAAAUCAAUCUAUUUUCCAUAGGAAACAGAACAAGAAGAGCCUAUCCGGGUGAUCUUCUUCACCUCGCUGAUGACCUUGUUUGCUUUGGGUUAGAGACCUCUGCACUGAAGGUCUGCUACCAUUGGCACAGUGACAGACAUAGAAAGUGCAAAUGAUUAUCCAGAGUAAUUUUGGAAACCACCCAGGUAUCUAAAGGUCUCCCUGUUGUCCUGAGAAGUGAAAAGAGGACUUUUGGGUUUUGAAAACCAUUACAGAUGAGGUAAGGGUUCCUGGGCUCCUGGCCAUGGCUCAUCUUACUCUGCUGGCUGUGUCUAUAACCUCACCAGAUGGCCUCCACACACUGUAAGGUCACCUGAAGGCGAUUGGGGUGACCUAGCCAUGCUAAACCACCUUUGGCAGCUCUGCCUACUGCUCCUGCCCUAUGUGAGUGACUGGACAUUUGAAUAACAAUGCUAGGGUCUUGACCACACUCAAUCUCGCUGGCAAGAUAGCUGCCAAUGUUUCUGCAAUCCUGAGACACAACAAAUCCAGAGACAGGCCCAUAGACCAGCUCCCUUCUUAUUCUGUGAAUGGACAACAAUGAUGUCAGUGUAUACACACACAGUACACCACUCAAGACUCAGUGCCAAGAUAAACACAUUUUUGCUUGACACUGUGGAAAGGCCACACAUGCAUGGUGCUUAUACAGCCACAGUUGCCAAUCAGUGCAUGCACCACAGCUGACGUCUCUUGGAGAGUUGGUUCCCGUACAUAUAGAAUGUGUAGGUAGAGAGGUAGUCUCAACAUAAUAGAGAACAGACUGUAGGCGUUAGCUGCAGUGAACGAGGAAAUUAUGCAUCACGGUGUGUUUGUGCUGUGUGUGAUAAUUUAUCCUCUGAUUGGUGUCGGAUUCCAUCAGGAUUAAAUUUGUCCAGUUUUUCCUCCCCCUUAUAUUGUGUUUUUUGUACAUUUAUGAAUUAUAGUUUUGCAAUGACAGUGUAAAUCUUUCACUCAUGUUGAUACAUUUUCAGCUCACAAAGAUAUUUUCCAGUUUAUUUGGCCUGCCCUGGCAAAUUUGGUCAAUUUCACCUUUGCAUUGACUCCCAUGUUUCGUUUAUAAAAUUAGCUUCAGAUUAAGUCUAAACACACUUUUACAUAUAGAAGAAUACAGAAAAAUAAAUAACCAAUACUUUUAGCAAAUGACCAGUAAAAUGAUUGUAUUUUCCCAUGUCAUUAUUCAUUUGCUGUAAAUUUACAAAUGUUGCUCAAAGUUUAAAAAAUUGAUUUUUUUCCUUACAUGACAACUAUUUUUAUAUUGGAGUAGAAUUCAACCCCCUUGCCUUUAUAGAUAGGAUUUCUUCUGCUUGUUGUUUUUGUAUUCAUGUUAUGAAAGCAAUCUUUUAUAAGUGUCUGUAGCGAAAUUAUUAGAUUCUUAUUUUGUUACAAUUUGUGUGUCACGUCUGUCUGCUUUUGUUCUGAGCUUUUCAGUUAAACUCAUGCCCCUAAGACGUGUAAAUAAUCUGUUUUAAAUCCUUGUCUUUGUGCUGUUGUAUUUAUAUUUUGUGAAACUGUUCCUUCUCGUCACUGAUGAUCUUUAAAGACAGUCAUAGAGAUUACAGCAGCUCCCUAGUCUUAUACACAGCGACAAAAUGAAGGAUAACAAGUGAGUUAAACUGUAGAACAUUGCAGUAGUUUUGUACAUGGGGGCAUGGAGCUCAAAAAAUUUGAAAGAAAGAUGCAAGUAAGACUUAAAGGAUAGCCUCAAAGCAAUGUCCAAAUGCCAUAUAUAAGGAUGAGUGGCUUGUAUUCCUCCUCUCCAUACCAGCCUAGUAGCAAUCUGCUACACAGAACAGAAGUGUUUUAAGUUUAGUUGAACCUAACAAAGACUUUACCUGUCUGAGCUGAAUCAAGCUUUAUUUUGGUAAUUAAUUUGUAGUUUUGUUCUGUUUCUUCCUGGUAGAUCUGCAUGAGGGUAUGUUACAUUUCUCAAGCCUAACGUUACCUUUAGAAUGCAGUUUUUGAACAGAACAAAUUCUGCAGAGUUCACCACUAUUUCCUACAGCAUCAAAGACUGCAUAGCUACCAGGGCAAACUGACUAUGAACUAACUUAUCCUCUAAAAUAGUGACAUAAGCACUAUUGGUAGCUCACUACACUCACUGAGAACCGACAUGCUUCCUGUUAAUACAGCAGAAGCUGUGCUUGGGCAGCCAAUAACAUUAUCAUAACCACUGCUGCCCAAUAGCUCAAGACUUCCAAUGUAUAGUUGAACUGUAGCCUGCUUGAACUCAGGCUCCAACUGGUGACUAAAGUGUGAACUGAAUGUAUUGUAGAGUCAAGUAUAGUGAUUUUUAGUCACAUAUUUUUGUGACUUUGGAAUCUAGAUCCCAAAACAGUCAAAGUGGAUAUUUGACGGUCAUAUCCUGCUCUACCUAAAGGGACAUUCCACUUAUUCAACAUAUGAAAGUUAAUUUAUUUAUCAUGGGUAGUCCUAUUCUUACUGUGAAACAGCUUGUUACUAUCUCCUUUUUACUCUCUGCUCUAGCUAUGGAGUAAAGAGUGAAUAUGACCUUGAUGAUGCCAAAGUGAUGGUUUCAUUGUUAACUCAGACUGAGCGCUAAAUCUACAAAUUUAGAACCGAAAAUCUGGUUACGAGCUGCAGGCAGGUUCAACGUGGUAGGUUCCAAAACAAACAGGGUCUAAGGCAUAGAUGCCUUCAAGUUGAAUUAUGGGGAACCCAUGUUUUUGGAGCUUGAGUCUACUAAAAAAGUCAGAUGACUUGGCCACCACCAUUUACUUAUUUUUUUAAUACAGUUUUCCGGAGUUACGAAAGUUCACAACCAAGUGACUCUGGAGCAACUUCAGUCGGCCAACCAGCAAAAAACACUUUGAUACGACUUAAUACCAGUCAGAGGUCAUGGCAAGAUUGUAGGGCUGCACGAUUAUGGCCAAAAUGAUAAUCACGAUUAUUUUGAUCAAUAUUGUAAUCACGAUUAUUAAUCACGGUUGUUCAUCAUGUUAUAGAAAAUACCUGUAUUUUUAUUGCACUACUUUUAAGCGAACAAUAUAUGAAGCGUUUUCAGUGCAAAAUGAAACUUUAAAUAAGAAUAAAUGAUAAAUAAUAGUGCCCAAGAAUUUAAAAUUUACCAAGUGCUAACUGAAAAAAAUGUGCUAUUCAGAGUGCAAUCACAAAGUGCAACUCAAUGGAAACAAUUACACUUUGGAGAAAUAAUUGCGCGAGGGGAUCACAUAUUUAUUGUCCUGUGUUUUGACUAUUUUUCUGAAGCCCUCGUUGCUCACUGUAUUUAUUGGACACAUGUCUUUGGCCAAAUAAAACGAUAUUGUGUCCGUUA